AUGGGUGUUUUGGCGGUGGACUUGACUUCUUGGUUUUGUUGUCUUUUGGUGUGUGUGUGUGUGUGUGUGUGUGUGUGUGUGUGUGUGUGCCGUUAG